UGUACAGAGUGUUCUGAGUGCUCGUAAGGAGAAGCCUAAACUUCAUUUAAAUGUGACUGAUUCCUGCUAUUUAAGCUUGUCGCUUGCUCAGGGAAAGGAAAAUUGUAUCCUAGUCAAAGAUUUCAGGAAGAGAAUUAACGUUGCUCCAGCAACCAUGGCAAACCUUAGUACGCGUGUUGUGAUGAAAAUCUCUAUCAUGGCUGCCGUUCUGUUUCUCGCAGUUCAAACAGCGAAUGCCAUAAUGUGCUACCAGUGUAAUUCCGGGAGGGAUCCAGGAUGUGCCGACCUUACAAACAAGAGCUCCAAAAGUUCCUAUUACAGGCUGUGCGAACCGUUCGAGGGUCAGACCAAACCGUUCUUCUGCAGGACCAAUGUACAGACGAUAAAGGACCGCGAAAACUUGGUGCGUGUCGUGAGGUCCUGCGGGUGGGAGGAGCACCCCAGAAAGAAGUGCUACGAGUAUGAGGACGAAGACCACCAGGAACGUGUCUGUCAGUGCUCUGAAGACGGCUGCAAUUCAAAGGCGCCUCACGUGCUAAAACCGUCAGCACUGUCGUUCCUGGUGAGCCUGCUACCCCUAGCCCUAAUUCACUCGUCACUUGUUUAACUCUUACGCAUCCAGUGAGCCGACAAGUUUAAUGUUUCGUUCCCAAAUGCUGUCAAAAGAGCCAUAUGUAAUAUUACAGAGUGGUAUUUUAGAAGAUGGCUGUCUUCUGGGUUGUUGCGACGGGGCAGCCAUCUUCAGACUCACAUCCGUGAAAACCUCAAAUCCUUCACUGGUAUUUUUAUUUUCUGUGACCUAUUUUGUGUAUUGUUUAUUUUAAGAAAGAAGUGGAAAACAACUGGCAUUUCGACAUUUGAUAUAUUGAUUUCUAGCUGUCGAUUUCUGUAUGAGGUGACAAUAAAAUAUUUUGAGACUUUA